AGGCUCAGGGGGUGACGUAAGCUUCCGCUGUGGGUGGGUUUCCGCUCGGGCGGCCGUCGGGAGGGGCUCGGGGAACACUUAGCGGUGCUCCCCGGUGCCUGAGCCCUGGGAACUGCGAUGAGAUCGGUUAGCUACGUACAGCGCGUGGCCCUGGAGUUCAGCGGGAGCCUCUUCCCGCACGCCAUCUGCCUCGGAGACGUCGAUAACGACACGUUGAAUGAACUGGUGGUGGGGGACACCAGUGGAAAGCUGUCUGUGUAUAAGAACGAUGACAGCCGGCCGUGGCUCACCUGCUCCUGCCAGGGGAUGCUCACGUGCGUCGGGGUUGGAGAUGUGUGUAAUAAAGGAAAGAACCUGGUGGUGGCCGUGAGUGCCGAGGGCUGGUUUCACUUGUGUGACCUUACGCCCACUAAGGCCCUGGAUACUUCUGGGCACCACGAGACCCUCGGGGGGGAGGAGCAGCGCCCAGUCUUCAAGCAGCACAUCCCUGCCAACACCAAGGUCAUGCUGAUCAGCGACAUCGAUGGCGAUGGCUGUUGCGAGCUGGUGGUGGGUUACACGGACCGCGUGGUCCGGGCUUUCCGCUGGGAGGACCUGGGCGAUGGCACCGAGCAUCUGACAGGGCAGCUGGUGUCACUCAAGAAGUGGAUGCUGGAGGGUCAGGUGGACAGUCUCUCGGUGACUCCAGGGCCCCUGGGUCUUCCUGAGCUGAUGGUAUCUCAGCCAGGCUGUGCUUACGCGAUUCUGCUGUGUACCUGGAACACAGACCCUGGGCCGCCUCCCACCUCUGAGGGGCCCGAGGAGGGCACUAGGGAGACCCCCGCUGCCCGAGACGUUGUGCUGCACCAGACGUCCGGCCGCAUCCACAACAAGAACGUCUCCACUCACCUCAUCGGCAACAUCAAGCGAGGGACACUGAAGCUCACGGAGGAGGCGGACAAGCUGCUGUGGUCGGUGCAGGUGGACCACCAGCUCUUUGCCCUCGAGAAACUGGACGUCACAGGCAACGGGCACGAGGAGGUGGUCGCCUGUGCCUGGGAUGGACAGACGUACAUCAUUGAUCACAACCGCACCGUCGUGCGCUUCCAGGUGGACGAGAACGUCCGCGCCUUCUGUGCAGGCCUGUACGCCUGCAAAGGGGGCUGCAACAGCCCCUGCCUCGUGUACGUCACCUUCAACCAGAAGAUCUACGUGUACUGGGAGGUGCAGCUGGAGCGGAUGGAGUCCACCAACCUGCUCAAAGUGCUAGAGGCUGAGCCGGAGUUCUGGAGCCUGCUGCGGGAGCUGGGGACCCUGACGACCUCCCCGCCGCCCGGGCCCUGCUUCACCAAACCCUCUACCAUCCGGAUGGGCCACCACAGUGUGCGUCCACAGGCCUCCGGGAUCCCUCCUAGCUGGACCGGCCGUCUUGGCUGAACGGGACCCUUCUGAACGUCCCCACCCCGCAAGCUGUCCGUGGUAUUUGCGAGACAGGGAGCGCACCUUAUAGAGGAAGGAUGGUGGCGGCCCUGGGGUGGCUGUGAACUGUAGGCCUCGUGGUCUUUCUGGUGACGGAGGAGGCGAGCUGCUCCUUUGCCCCUUUCCUUGCGAGCCUCGCCCAUCACCCCGGCAGGCACUGCCCCCUCCCCAGAGCUCCCCACCCUUGUUGUGUGGGAAACAGGCUCGUUUGUGAGGAGGGACUGCAAGUCUCUCGCUGCUCCCCAGCCAGGCCUCGGGGCCAGUGGCGCGAUGGCAGUGAGGGCCCACCCCCAAGUUCCAUCUUCUGGGGCAUGGCUCCGGGUCACUGACGUCAGUGAUGGUUACACGAAUGGCGAACCACAGAUCUUUGACUUAGGAUGGGUUUCGCCCUCAUAAAUCCAUCGUGAGUUGAAAAUAUCGUAAACUGAAAAUGCAUUUCCCACACCUCACCUACCGGACGUCACAGCUUAGCCCACCCUGUGUUAAACGUGCUCAGAACACUUACAUCAGCCUCUAGCCGGGCAAGAUCACCUCACGCAAAGCCUGCUUUAUAGUAAAGCGAGGGAUAUCUCAGGUAAUAAAUUGAACACUGUACUGAAAGUGAAAAACAGAAUGGUCAUCUGGGUACAGAAUGGUUGUAAGUGAAUUGGCUGUCCACCCUCAUGAUUUUAAAAUCUGAUGCAGGUUUACAGUCCAGGCCACAAUCAGAACGAUACCCUGGGCCAUUUAUAUCCCUUCUGCUCUUGAUUCCUGUGCUCUGAAUCAGUGGUUUUCGAAUUGUAGGUUGCGAUCCUUUGCUGGGUUGUGGUCGGCAGUUUUUUUAAAUAAAUGAGAUAGACUAGACUAAGCAGGACAAAAACUACGGGAGUGUGUUGCUCACGUGCAGGGAAGGAUUGUUUUGCUACCCUUGCGUGUGUCCGUGCACGGGUGUGUACUGAGUGCAGCGUAGGACGCACUUCCUGCUGAGUUGUGUUCAGAGGAGUUGGAGACCACUGCUGCCAGUUACAGGGACCCCAGCCAGAGGGGUCAGCCCCA